AUGGAUCGUUGCGGGGUAGUCGUGAUGACGCCGCUGCUCACGCUGCUUCUCCUCCUCUCGGGCCGCUCGGCGAUGGGGGCGCCGCGUUACCGCGAGAGAUGGGAGCAGGAGGGGCCGGAGUGGCGGCCGGAUGAGGAGGGGAAGGGGGGGAAGGGGCUGUUUCUUCUCGACAACGUGGAGAAGGUGGUGGAUUCGGAGGGUGGGCAGGUGCACGUCGUGCGCGGGCCGUUUGUGCCGGAACAGCCGUGGCAGCAGUACGGCGCGUGCCGGGAGGGGCUGAUGCACAUCGGCUUCAUCACCAUGGAGCCCAAGACGCUGUUCGUGCCGCAGUACAUAGACUCCAACCUCAUCCUCUUCGUGCAGCGAGGGGAGGUGAAGAUUGGGUGGAUCCACAACGACGAGCUCGUGCAGAAGCAGCUUAAGAUGGGCGACGUCCUCCACAUCGAAGCCGGUGCGACCUUCUACAUGGUCAACACCGGCAAAGGACAGAGGCUGCAGAUCAUAUGCAGCAUCGACGCAUCGGAUAGCCCCAUCGGACUCGGCCCUUAUCAGUCCUUCUUUCUUACUGGGGGAGGGAACCCGACGUCUGUGCUGGCCGGCUUCGACCCAAAGAUGCUUGUCACCGCUUUCAACACCACUUACGACGAAGUGGCAAGGCUCUUUCGGCCGGAAACCCGGGGGCCCUUCGUGUCCUUCGGCACGGAGCCCGGGAGCGGUGGAAAAGAGCGUGGACAACGGGAAGAGGAAGGUGAUGCCGGAAACAAGGAAGAAGCGAGCAGGAAGGCCGGGCCAUGGAGGCCCGUGGGCAGAGGCGAUGAUGAGGAGCGCGAUGACGAACAGUCGUCGACAUGGUCAUGGAGGAAGCUGAUGGGCAGCUUCAUUGGAUUCGGAGGGGCCUCCAACGAUGCCGCGCAGCUGGAAAACAAGAAGGACAAGACGGUGCGCGCGCCGGAGCCUUACAACCUGUUCGACCACGAGCCCGGCUUCCGGAACGCCUACGGCUGGAGCGUCUCCGUCGACAAGCACGCCUACGAGCCCCUCGACCACUCCGACAUCGGCGUCUAUCUCGUCAACCUCACCGCUGGCUCGAUGAUGGCGCCGCACGUGAACCCGAGGGCGACGGAGUACGGCGUGGUGCUGGGCGGGGAAGGCGAGGUCCAGGUGGUGUUCCCCAACGGGUCCCUGGCGAUGAGCGCGAGGGUGAGACCCGGCGACGUGUUCUGGAUCCCGCGUUACUUCCCGUUCGCGCAGGUGGCGUCGCGGAGCGGGCCGUUCGAGUUCUUCGGGUUCACCACGUCGGCGCGCCGGAACAAGCCGCAGUUCCUCGUCGGCGCCAACUCGCUGCUGCGCACGAUGCUCGGGCCGGAGCUCGCGGCCGGGUUCGGCGUCCCCGAGAAGGAGCUGGGGGAGCUGAUGCGGGCGCAGAAGGAAGCGGUCAUACUGUCGUCGUUGCCGGAGAAAGAGGAGAAGGGGAGGGAGCAGUCGGUUAUUAAGCAGGUGGCGAAGGAGUAAUUAGUGCGUGCCGCUAGCUGCUUUGUAUCGAUCGAUCUACCCUGUCUUUUGAGCAUGCAGUCGCCUUCAUUUUCAGGUCGAACCUCGUGUAUCUGGACGUGUGUCCGCCUGCACUGUGUGUGUGCACGCUAGUAGUUUGUGUUAUGUUCUUCCUUCUUCGUGUUUCUUACUUCAUGGAGUUUUCGGCGUCCGUCAAUAAAUAAAGAUGCUUGUGAGAUUCAGCCGUGGAUGCAUGGUAAAUUGGUACCGUCCAUCUGUCAACUUUAACCAAAUUUGAAUACAUCUAUACACUAAGUCAGCAUGCAAACUUAAACUUAAAAGACAGCUUCGUUAGUUCGCUGUUCGUAGAGUGGAGCAGUUGAGGUUCUGAAUCUUCGGAUACAUCAGUAGAGUUACUCAAGGUAACCUUGUAGAACAGAGAGCGCCAAGAGUCCAGAACAAACCUGAAACAACAAAGUCCCCUCAAGUUUUCUAUCCGUCUAAUUACAAGUUGAAAA